CUGGUUCUCGGCACGUGGUCCCCUCCUCCAUCUUCAAAUCUCUCCCUGAAACUGACUCGACUUUCUUGCCUCAGUUUCAUUUAUAAGGGCCCUUGUGAUUACACUGGCUCCACUCAGUCCAGAAUAACCUCCCAUCUCAAGAUUAGCUGGAUAGCAACCUUAAUUCCAUCUGCAAUCUUAAUUUCCCUUUGCCAUGUAACAAAACACAUUGAACAGGUUGUGGGGAUUAGGAGGUGGACAUCUCUGGGCGUGGGGAAGAGAAACAUUACGCUGCCUACCAUCCCAGCUAGACAGGACAAGAAAGAAAAGGCAAAUAUGCAAAUGAUAGCUGGAACUUUAAUGAGGUACCAGAUUGGACUAACAUAGAGCCAAGCUUCCUGCUCCAGGAACACCAGGGGACAGACGGCAGGUGGCGGGGUCCGCCCAAGCAACCACGUUUAUCCCCUCCUGUUACUGAAGAGAAAAAUGUCUUCAGAUAACCAGUGGUCAGCAGACGAGGAAGAAGGCCAACUCUCCCGACUGAUCAGGAAAUCUAGAGACUCUCCCUUUGUCCCCGUGGGAAUAGCAGGCUUUCUGACUGUGGUGUCUUAUGGUCUUUACAAGUUAAAGUACAGAAAAGAUCAGAAAAUGUCCAUCCAUCUUAUUCACAUGAGAGUUGCUGCCCAAGGAUUUGUUGUAGGAGCUGUGACUCUAGGUGUUCUCUAUUCUAUGUAUAAGGAUUACAUCAGACCUCGAUUCUUCAAUGCGUCCAAAAAAUGAAGCUACACAUAAGACAAGAAGGCUUCUAAAAACUAUUAUGAAGAAUAAAAUUUCAAUAUGUAGCAAA